GAGGAAUUAAAGAGAGAAAGUUAGAGAAUCAAAAUACCCGAAAGAGACGAGAAAAAUGCAGACUUGACAAGAAAGAAGAAGUGACCAAAUUUGUCAAAAACUGAGUUUUUUUUUGUUCUGUUACAAUUUUCCCGGAAAACUGAAAACUUUCUCGGAAAAAGGAAAAACCAGUGGGUAUUAUAUAAAGGUAAACGAAGAAAAAAAAAUGUCAGGUGGUCAGAGCUCCAGAUCUGAUGCUAACAACAGCAAGAUGAGCUUCGGGCAGGAGAGUUAUGGACAGGCGAGCUGGGGACGUUCUUGCAACUGUGGUAGAUCUACAACCAAGUUAAAGUCAUGGACCGAUGAGAAUCCGGGAAGAAGAUUCUUCAAAUGUGAUGUUCAUGGCUUUGUUUCUUGGUCUGAUGUUGAGAAACAAUGCAAUUGGCAAAAAUUGAGCUUAUUGGAGGCAAGAGAUGAAUUGAAGGUUUUGAAAGAGUCUCUUAGAGCAAUUAAUCAACAAAAAAAUGAAGAAAUAAGGAUUCUGAGUAGAUCGGGAUUCAACCGCAACGAAGAAGAAGAAGAAGAAAAGAAGAAAAGGCUUGAAGAAGAAAAGAACCAGCUUGAAGAAGAGAAGAUAAAGCUUGAAGAAGAGAAGAAGAAGCUUGAAGAAGAGACAAAUGUAUGGAAAGAGAAAGAAAAAUUGCUAAAACAAUUCCUUGCAAUCUCGUGGGGAGGUUUCAUUCACUACAAAAAAACAUGUGGAUAGCAUCACUUAUUUUCUAUACUUACAUCGGUUAUCGAAUGAUACAAAUGAGUUACCAUCACUUAUAUAAUUGAUAUCAAAAGUGGCGAUGCAAAUUAAUGCAUCGGUUAUAGCAACCGAUAGCAACAUUUCCAUCAAUUAUAACAAAUGAUGCUACAAUACGUCAGUUAUAAGAAAUGAUGUAAAUAUUGCGACGACUACAAUAACCGAUGUAAAUAUUUACUAACAGUUUUAAUAAUUGAUGUAAAUAA